GUUCAUACCUAAAAAUAAUGUAAAAUAGUACUGCAGUUCCAGCCUGUCUUUUGUGUUCUUCUGAGAUUGACAGCUUUAAUGUGCAAAGCCAAGGCGGCCACGAGAAGAAGAUAGAGCACAAAGCCUAAAGAAAUGGCUGCCUUCACGGAGAUUAGACCCCACGCGGUGGUCGUCCCGUUCCCGGCGCAAGGCCACAUCAAUCCGCACCUGAAGCUGGCCAAGCUACUCCACGCCAGGGGCUUCCACAUCACCUUCGUCAACACCGAGUACAACCACCGCCGCCUCACCCUGUCCCGAGGCCCCGACUGGGCCACCGCAGGCCUCGACGGCUUCCGCUUCGAGACCAUCCCCGACGGCCUGCCGCCGUCGUCGGACGAGAACAACACGCAGGAUGUGCCGGCGCUGUGCGCUUCCACCAGGGCCACCUGCCUGGCCCCAUUCAGAGACCUCAUGGCGAGGCUGAGCCGCGCGGCCGACGUGCCCCCCGUCACAUGCAUCGUGUCCGAUGGGGCUAUGUCCUUCACCGUGGAUGAGGACUUCGGGGUUCCUGUCUUGCUCUUCUUCACACAUAGUGCAUGUGGCUGUUGGAGCUACUUUCACUUUGGUGAGCUCGUCAGGAGAGGCUACACGCCUCUCAAAGAUGAAAGCUUCUUGACGAACGGGUAUCUCGAUACUCCGAUCGACUGGAUCGUCGGCCUCGAGAACAUCCGCUUCCGGGACCUGCCGUCUUUCGUCCGGACCACCGACCCCGACGACGUAAUGCUGAGCAUUAUGGCGAGGCGUGCCGCGCAUGACGCUCCCCAAGCCGCCGGUAUCAUCCUCAACACCUUCGACGACCUCGAGGGCCCCGUGCUGUACAGGAUCCGCUCCAAGUUCCCCAACCUCUACUCCGUCGGCCCCGUCUCGUCCAUCGCCACCACCGCCUUCACCUCGAUCUCCGGUAACCUGUGGAAGGAAGAUACCGAGUGCAUAAAAUGGCUGGACGACCAGGCUGAUGGCUCCGUCCUGUACGUCAACUUCGGGAGCAUCACGGUAGUGACGGCGGAGCAGCUGCUCGAGUUCGCGUGGGGCUUGGCGCGCAGCGGGUACCCGUUCCUGUGGGUGGUGAGGCCCGACAUGGUGCGAGGCGAGGCGGCGGUGCUGCCGGAGGAGUUUGCCGCGGAAGUAGAAGGGAGGGGGCUGUUGGUGGGGUGGUGCAACCAAGAGGAGGUCUUAAGCCACCCCGCGACGGCUGUCUUCCUGUCGCACUGCGGGUGGAACUCGACGCUGGAGAGCAUCAGCGAGGGCGUGCCGAUGAUAUGCUGGCCAUUCUUCGCCGAGCAGCAAACCAACUGCAGGUACUUGUGCACCAAAUGGGGGAUGGGUACGGAGAUCGGCAGCAACGCGAGGAGGGGGGAGGUGGAGGGGUGCAUAAGGGAGGUGAUGACAGGGGACAAAGGGAGAGAGAUGAGAAAGAGAGCAUUGGAAUGGAAAGAGAGGGCAAGAAAAGCCAUUGGCCCGGGGGGCUCUUCCUCGGUCAACCUUGAAAGGCUGGUGGAGGAGUUGACAAGGAGACAGUGAGACAAGCUCCUGUUUGAUAUGUUGUUCCUAUAGCAUGAUGAUUCACUCA